AGCCGCGCGACUCGCGGCGGCCCCCGCAGAUCCGAGGCGCUCCGCUCGCUCCGCCGCCGCCGUCGUCGUCGUUGUUGUUGCAGCGAUUCGUGCAAAUUCACGUCGCUCAACGUCGCAAUUCCCCUCCAAUCGAUCUCUGGCGAAUCGUUGGGAUCGUGCUCUCGCCUCGAUAAAGACGGCGCGUGGUGUUAUUAGUGCGGCGACGGAGUGAGAGAGGUUUACCUCACAAAGCGGGAUCGCCUCGGCAUCGGCCACGAAGCUCUUGGCAGCGAUUCCAGAGUACAACGGAGAAACGUAUUUCGCGUUUAUCUUUGUUUAAGUAUUGCUUUCCUGUUAACCGUAUAUAUUUUUCACCUACACAAUCGACUCGUUAGAUGGCCAGCUUCCCUCACGCUGUCAACGAAGAUGCUAUCGCCCCAUCCUACCUGGUGAGCGAGCUGAGACCUCCGAGCGGGCCCCCCCGCGGCCUCAAGUCUGGCUGUGAGGUGAGGGCGGUGGCUUGGUCCCCCGACGGGACCUUCGUCGCCUGGGCGCAGGGACCUCGCGGCACCGUGCGGCUCCUGCCCUGGUCUCCCAGGCUCAACAACUUACCGAGCAGCAGCGGCGAGGUGAUAGCUGACGGCGAUGGCGCCGUUGUUGAGGAGGGUGAUGGGAACGACGUGGGGAACGACGUGGGCGGCCGUACCAUCGAGUGCGGCGAGACGGUGUGGAGCCUCGCGCUGGGCUCGCCGCUGCCUGGGAAGACGAGCCGCUGCAUCAACAUCGAGUUCCACCGCUUUCGCUUUGACGACGACGCCCUGGUGCUCGCCACCGGCCUCGCCAGCGGCCGCAUCAAGAUCUGGGACGUGUAUACCGGCAAGUUCCUGCUGUACCUCAUGGACCACACGGCCAUUGUGCAGGACCUCACCUUUGCGCCCGAUGGCAGCCUGAUGCUCGUGUCCGCGUCGCGCGACAAAACCCUGCGUGUCUGGGACCUCAAGGAUGACGGUAACAUGGUGAAGGUGCUCAAAGGCCACCACAAAUGGGUAAACGCCAGCGCCUUCUCCCCGGACGCCUCCAUGCUGUGCUCUGUUGGAGCGGGGAAAUCUGCGCUGCUGUGGGAGAUGGAGCACUUCACGCUGUUGCGACGGCUCGAGGGUCACCUCAACGACGUGGUGGCGUGCGAGUUCUCUCCCGACGGGGCGCUGCUCGCCACCGCCUCUCACGACACGCGCUGCAUCCUGUGGGACCCGUACACGGGCACCGCCGUCGCCAGUUUCGGGCACUUGUUCCCUGCGCCAUCACCGAUCUUCGCUGGCGGCGCCAACUACCACUGGGUGCGUGCCGUGACGUUCUCGCGGGACGGUCUGCACGUCGCCUCCCUCGACGACGACGGGCUGCUGCGGUUCUGGCGCGUCGGGGAUGACAGCACUCCUGUGGCGGUGGCCAACGUUCCCAAUGGCCAGUGCUGCGCCUUCUCUCCCAACGGCCACGUGCUGCUUGCAGGACUGCAAGACGGGGGGGUGGGGGUGUGGGCGGCCCCUCGCGACGUGGGCCCCCUGCAGCACUUGUGCCGCAUGUCCCUGCGCCGUGUCAGCAGCACCCAGCAGGUGGACGCGAUGGCGGACACCCUGCCGGGGAAGAUGCACCGCUACCUGACCUACCGUUCCAGCGAGUGAGGGUGGUGGGGGGAGAGGGGUGCAUGGUGGGGCACAGUUGCGGGGAAAGGAGGCGGGGGAAGGGGCACUUGACCGCUCUCCUCACCCGCCACCAUCCCUUCUCUGCCAUCGCUCAUGUUGAGUUUUGUUUUUUUUUCGUUUGGGAAGAACAAGUGGUUCCGUACGAAGAUAAAACUAAAAAUAACUCGUCUUAAUGUCACCAUUUAACGUCACCGUUUUAUCAGGCGCACACGGACAGACACGCACACAAGUGUGGCUUCAAGAAACCUCAACAGUGAACACACACUUGCAGUUGCUAAAACGGCAAGAUCCAUACAUCCAUAACACAAAUGAUACACUGUAUAUUGAAUCCGUAUAUUUAAACUGUAUAUUAAAUGUUAGAACAACGAAACAGUUUGUUACUGUGCAGAAUCAACAAGUCCAUACACCCCUCCACAUUAUCAACUUCCUUUUCCUGCUAUUCUUCCUCCUCAUCCACCUCUUCAACCUCCUCUUGCAUCUGUCAUUUGGAAAACAGUGGCUGCAGUUUGCUGCAGAUGUUUUCUACCCUUAGAUGCAGCCCCUUGCACGUGCUAAGAAAUGGCUGGCUUCCUUCAAGAACGGCCAUGAUCUGAGAAAAAUAAAUGGAGAAUGUGCGUUACUCGGCCAUGUGGACUUGUUCGUCUGUCACUGUAAAGCAGUGUUCUUCACAUUUUCAGAGGGCCACUUUUGCCAAUAAGACACCAAUGUGAGGGUCACCACACCGUCUGCAAAGGGGUGUUUUUUGUCGGGGGCCGCUAGUGAUAUGCAGGCCUUGCAAUGAAGAACACUGCCGUAAAGCAUUUAGUUUUUCCACACUGUUCAGCUCGCGAUGCAGUUUGCUUGUCUGCGGAGAAGCACGAAGGCACCGCCAGCGACGCACGGUCGAAGUGCGAAUGUCUCCUCUUUUCCAGUCUGCUGCUGCGCAAAAAACGACUCCUAUUUUUUUCGGCUCCUACACUUGAGCUGGCAACGGGACUCGCCGUCGGCAACUUUAGAGGUGGCGAGCGGCGACUCCACACCACUGCUCUUGCUGCUUGCGGCCGCAAAGGAUCUGUGCUGCCAUGCCGCUCGACAGCUGCGGUCGUACGUCUGCUCUUGCAGCCUUUAACACCCACCUUCAAGUGGUAGAUGCAGUCAAACAUUUUAGGACCGAACAGAUUAUCACUUGCGCCACUUGGCUCUUCCUCCCCCCCCCCCCGGCUCUGCAACCUGUAGUUUCUGGUGUUUGCUGGAGGUGGUUUUCUGUUGCUUUCAAUCCUCUCCAAACCACACCUGGGAAAUGUGAAUUAAAGCAUUGUAUGUGGAUGACAGGAGGGUGGUAUAGUGCCACCUGUCCUGGUUAUCCCAGGAUCAUCUUCAUUUUGAGGUGGUUGUCCCGAGAAAUAUGUAAGAUGUCCCAGUUUAAGUCGUAUAAUACACCAAUCAUGCGACCACAUGUAUUUCUCCACUUCUGAUGUUGAGAUAUUCUUCCCAUGAUGUACGUUUUUUCGUACCUGUGAGGUGGUAACAACCCAAGGAAGGGAUGGGGCAGGAAGAGUGGUGUGGGCAAUGGGGGAUAUUGAAAUUAAUUCAAAGCCAGGCUCUGACUGGAAGUUGGACCCUGUGUUGAACUUAAAAUACAUCGUGUUGCUCAUAAUUAUUGCUACGUCGUUUGUCUUAUCGAGUUUUUCUCACCACUUAAGUUGUCGAGUGGCACCACGCGCUGUCGUCGGGAGGUCAUUUUCUUUCUCAUGAGGUGUUUACCAUGGAUUUUGUAAUUCGUUGUCAUUGUAGGGUUUUUGGAGUGGCCAAAUGCCAAGGAGAUUUGGCAAAGUGCACGGCCAGGCCUUAACAAUCAAGUCGACUCGUUUAAUUGCUUUUUUUUUACUUCAAAUGCAAUUUGAGUGCAAAUUUGCCAAAACUCACACGAUUUUUCUACCUCUGGCUGAAACCUGUUGCAUUACUGGGCAAGGUGUUGCACGAACGGCGCACGCCAAGGACUCGCAACGGAGCUGAUUACAUUUUUGCGAAGCAAGAACAUCUGCAAUAUCGCAAGCAGAUGACACUGCUCAAUGAGAAGCUCGGCAUUUUCAUCACCCGUCCAAUCGCUGACAGAAUCGGGACUCGUUGACUCGUGACCUCAAGUACCGCUGGGCAACAUGGCCCAAGUGGUUGCCGUACACGUUGGCUUGCAGGGUCCUGAUGGGACAGUUGCAGUGGAUCGAUUGUAUCGACUAGCCCAACAUUUUAGUAUUUCGAAAAGCUGAUGUAAAAGUUCAGCGUCGCUGUCAUGUCAGUUCCCAAUGGGACGAGCGCGACCGAGUGGCACCAGCUUUCACAGCUGCGUGCAGCCGUUGCCAACAGCGCUUUUGUCUUUGUCACUGGCAAACAUUGCGGUUGCCACAAUGCCAUAGCGUUCUUGGGAUUGUAUUCGAACGGUACAUCGCCUGCCGUUUGGCAAGCUCGCCUGGAAGUGUCCGAGUUGGGGGUGAAUAGUUUGCAAAUACAACUGUACAAAUACCCUUUUUAACACUCAGAUAUUUUUUUAUGUUGAUAUUUGAAUAUGUACACACGUUACCUUCGUAACUUUUUAUGUAAACAUGUAUAAAGUGUACACACACACACAAUUGAAAAUCUUUUUGUAUAAAAUAUAUUUAAGACUUUUUUUUCUUUGUAUCGCCUUAGCUCUCACUCAUUGAACCUCGUGAAAAUGUUGCUUUGUGGUGUUUCUUGGUUCCGAGUUGCAAUGGUGGAAUUUUUUUAACGUAGGAAUGUGGCUCUAAAUGUCAACGCAAGUAUCAUUAAAGGCUUCACUUUUUUGGUGAAACAAA